AUGAGUGCAAAAGUUGAAAGAUUUCGAUACUACCUUGGGACUGCCCAAAUACGCCUACUGAAUCUAUGCUACGGUACAUCUGGUUCGGAUCCUGACGAUUGCGUCGGAUGCUGCAUAUCUGAUCUAGAACAUAAUUUACCGGCUUUGAUCGAAUAUUCGGAGUAUCAGAACUUUCUGGAUGAAGCAGGCAUCUCCACACAAGCGUUGUAUGCUGUCGGAAAUCCGCCAAGGCUUGCUCUUUCAGGUAGGGUUCAAUUACCAUGCCUCCACGGCCGAUUCCGAUUAGAGACCGCGAAACGAGAUAGAUUGCACAACCAAGACGACUGGUGGCUCGUGAAUCUCUACAGCUCAGACGCACCCACAGCUACGUUGGUUCAGAUUCGUCGAUUAUACUUGCGACAUACGCCUCUAUGUGACGGAGAAAAGUUUCUUCACGUUCGAUUCUAUGAACGUAAGAAAGAUUACGAGGUCGCUUUAAGGUGGAAGAAGUUGCUUGGAGCCAAGGUGAAGAGUCUUCAUCAAGUUCUGCGUAAUGACUGGCUUCGCGAUUGUCUUGAAAAAUUAGAGCCAUUUCGCUCCCUAUGGAUGGGCUUUCAGCUUGGAUGUUUUCCAGUGAUUCUGAGCUGGCGGUGCAGACAGGUACGAGAAAUCGAAUGUUAUCUAAGCCAGAUGUAUGAGAUUUGGCAUACAAUCACAGAUGGAAACACUUACCUCUGUGAUGAAUACACUGUUGAGAGGCUUGGGGGCCUUGCACCUCGAUGGAGUUCUUGCGAUCGCUCAACGAUCGAGACCCUGUUCGCCAAAUGUCAGGUCUUCCCUCGCGCACAGGAUCCUGCUGUACGCGGUCAAAUGCUCCACAGAGUCCUUGCUGUCGAAGGAUUCAUCUUGAAUUUCCAGACUUUUUUCAAACAUGUCAAGGUACUAGGACCAAUUAUGCUUCCUCUUAGAGAGUUGUUUCCAGCGAGUGAACUAUUCCCUCCAAGGGACGAAUUCAGCCCGAUAUCCAGACGUCUUCCCUCGGUAAGAGACAUUCUACUUCAGCGUUGCUACAAGCAGUAUGAGAAAAAUGAGCAACAGUGUUUACUACAAUACAACGAACAUGAUGAACAAUUCUUCGAAUGUAGCGAUCCCGGAAAAUAUGCGUACUGGCAACUCUGUCUUUAUCUUUCCCGCCACACGAAAAGCCAAUGGAAUUUUUACAAAGAAAAGAAAGGCCAAAUAGAAUUACCAGAGCGUCUAGAAUGGAUCAUUCGGCUUGGUCACUUUGCGCGUAGGCUUGGGUUUGUGUCCAGUGAAACAUCUUCUCUAUGCAAUCAAGACCCGGAUCUUUCACAGAUUCGCAUGCACAUGCUUCAAGAACGACCGAGUCACCUAUUCUCUGCGCCUGCAGACAAGUUCGAUGCAGAAUCUCAUUCUCGUCAAACUGGCCAAGCGAUCUUCGAGCCACGCCGGCCUGCUCUAACUCCAUUGAUGACGACCGAUAAUGCGACUACCAUACGGAUGCCUCGGAACCAUCCAGGGCUAUUUCUUCCUACGAUAUGGACCGCUCUUACCCAAGAGCCGAGAUAUGCUUUGACAGAAUACGGGGUGCUUGUGUUGAUUCUCAUGUCUUUCUUUGAGAAAUUUGGAUCAACAUCUGUCAGCAGUAUCUGCGAGGGCUUUCAAUCGAACCAACCGAACCAACCGACCCUACCGGCUCAUCCGGCCCAUCCCGAACGAUCGCCGUUGCGAUCUUCCUCUUUAUACUCAGUACCCGUACAUCCCGAUCAUAUGGCUAGGUACCAUGAUGACCACAUCACAUUCUGGCAACUGCCCCAGAGUCGAAAUAUGCGUCCCCAGGCGAAUUAUGUAUGCGAUGUGACUGAAGUGGACAUCAAGAAAAUAGUAAAUACCAUUCAUGCGCAGGGCGACGCGCCUUUCUUUGCUUUACUAGAUAGAGGCGGGCUACUUAAGCUUUGUAAUCCCUCACAGAUUUUGCAUCGCCGUAAAAGAUCAAAGCAACCUAAUGACAUAUACUAUGUCUAUGGAAAGGAAAACAGUAAGAUCUGGAUUUUAAAACAGCUCGAUGGUCGAUAA